AUGGUCAACCCGACGCCUUUUUACACAUCGUUUUCGACAUUCAGUACACCAAUUUCAUACGCAGCCUAUCCUCAAUUAUUCACCACAACCGCCGCCGCCGCAGCAACCACUGUUCCAACACAACCACAACUAUCAACAAUUCCGGCAACAACAUCCAAUCAUUCGGCGUCUUCCAUUUCAAACAACAGGUAUUAUCUUUUUGAAGAUUUUAAGACCAAUUCGAGAUUAGGGAAGAGAUUACGCUAAGACGCGGGAGGAUAGAGGAUCAUCCUAAUAUUUUGACAAAAUAUUUAUCUCCAUUUUUCUUUUUUUCAGUGAUGGUGGACGCCGCGGUGGAAGAAGAGAAAGAACAUCGUUCAAUCGAAUGCAGUUAGAAGAACUUGAGAAAGUAUUUCGUGAGACACAAUAUCCUGAUUUAUAUCGGAGAGAGGCACUUGCGAAGUUGAUUCAUUUGCCAGAAGGUCGCGUCCAGGUGAUCACGGUAUUUCAUUUUCACAAUUUUUGAUUAAAAAACUCUUGAAAGAAAACUUUUCAAUUCAAUUUUAAGCUAGAUUUGUCAGCCUAUCAAAAUUAAAUUGAUCUACUUUUUCUAUCCUUAAAUAUUUUCAGGUCUGGUUCAAGAAUCGACGAGCAAAGGAUCGUGCCCAGAAAAAGUUAACAGAUAGACAUUCAAUGAGAACACCAUCAGGAUAUUCCAGAUCACCAAUCGACUCGCCGCCACCAGAGCCAAAGGAUAUUAAGCUUACCAUGCCAAUGAUUCCCAUUCCCGGAACCGAUGAGUUCAAUCUCCGCAACGAGGUGAAAUAUCAACAAGUCACCACACUCCACCAACAAGUCGCUCAACUCAAAGGCGUCACCCUUGAAGAGCAGCAAAAAUUCCUGGCCGAAGUCAAAUACGAUCCAACACCUCUGGUGCCACAAGUUCAAUCAGCCGCUGCAACUUCAGUAACCGCAGCAACAAGUAAGGAAUAUUGUGCUAGUGCUGGUGGUGUUGAAAACAAUCCACUUACCCAAUUCCAAACAGUUUCAGCAUGGCCAUAUACAUCGGCAAAUUACCCGUAUUUUAAUAGUUAUUUCCCGUCGAAUUAUUAUUAUCCUGGUUAUGGUAAUGAUUAUACACCAAAUAAUGCUGCUUAUUGUGGAGGUCAUUUGUAA